CGAUUGACGCGCCACUGCUGUGUGGUGAAAACUCAUUCGUCCCCUUGACGAGUCAUCGCCAGAGAAGAGCCCUCAGCCCGGAGCGGACGGAGCCGCUGUCUGAUAGCAACAAAACGGGGGAAAUCAGUUAUGCACAGCGGAUUUAUCUCGUUAGAUAGACCUGAAGGGAGCAUACCGACGGCCUCAGAAGCGGACUGGACACCGACGCGGAUUGGGAUGUUGCAUGUUUGAGCGAGGCUGUUGCUUGUUGGGGUCUGGACCCGAACACAGAAAGUAGUACCACCGUUACCUCAGCGAGCGAACUUGGCACCUCUGUGCGGUGGGAGGUGUCUGUCUGUCGGCAUUGGCUUCCCUAACGUACCGCUGCCCCCGUUGCUUGGAACCUUGUUUCAAAUGGUUGUAGAGUUUUUUUUAAUAAUUAGCUUAUUUUCGUGUGUUUUGGGGAAACCCACUGUGGCUUUAAUGUGACGCACCAAAUUAGAUGUUUGCACCACAGACGAUCUCCGCUGCCUGCAGAGGACUUUAAAGGCUCGUUUGUCAAGUUUUUUCUUCGUUUUGCUCUUCCAGCGGUGCCAACACAGCCCACACCAAUGUGAGAGAGACAAGAACUCAAGCAGACCUAGCUGGGUCUGGUUAGGCCAGCCUAGCCUUCCGUCUGGCUCUACCGGACAGACCAACAACUCCUCCUUGCAUUUCAACAGACCGGAACACACUUCCAAUUCCAAAUCCCCUCACUCAUUCUGGGAGACCAUAUUGGUCGGAUCACGCUCCAGUCCUUCCAUGCUGUGGUGGUCCCUGUCUGGAUGUUGGCAGCAGGAUGGAUCCAGGUGUUAAUCUGACCAGUGGUAGCUCACUGCAGUGCUUGCAACACUCCUCCUUGGAUUACUCUCUGUCCCUCCCGUCCUCAAUCUCGAAGCCCCUUCCUCACACCUGGGGCACCCCCCGGACAUGUAUGGAAGGGCCCUAUAGGAACUGUAACUUGUCUUGUUAAAACAGCUGCCAUUGCUCAAAGGAAGCACUGUUAAUAGGUCCUUGCAAACUUUAAAACGGAACAAGGGUUUCAACCCCAUUGCCUUUUGUUUGAGAGCUUCUCACUUCAGAGGGGAGCCGAAACGUUGUGGUCUGUUUCCACUUCUAAAGGUUACACAUUCACAUUGAAAUAUCUUUAUUUAUAUGUCCACAUUUUCUAAUUUUGGGGUCUGCACCUUGUGGAAGAAUGUCUGAAAGCAGCAGCAAAGCAGUGAAAUUUAUUGCCCCUGCACCCCCUGCAUCCUACAACUCCCCCUGUCCAUCACCUCAAACCUCCCACAAGAAUGUGAAUGGCUCUGCCAGUUCAGACACGCAUGUCGUGGAGAAGCUCGACGAACAGCCCGUGGUGCGGCGGCGGCGCCACACAAUGGACAGGGACUCCAAAACAGCUGAGCACCGUUUCUUCCGCCGCAGUGUUAUUUGUGACUCAAACGCUACAGCCUUGGACCUGCCCAGCAAGGCAGCAGUGAUACUCACCUCACCUCCAGACUGUGGAGGAACUCCCGCCUUCUUGUCUCCACAUCGAUAUGGGCCAGAGGAGUAUGACUCUGAUGGUGAGGAGGGCAGAAGAGGGCCCUGUCUACAAAGUACCAGCCUCCCGCCUUACCUAAGCCUUGGUGGGACAUUUGCAUCAGGGCACAUACAAAGUGCUGGGGUGGAUUUAGAGGCCAGUGUCAUCACUAUUGUUGUUCCCACCAUCAGGAAAGCUGAUAAUAGUGCAGACAAGACAAAAGAACCCAUCCCGACAGCAUUGGAUGUUGCAGACAAUACCAUUCACAGCAAACCUGAUGUGACAUUGCAUCCCAGAGGAAUCCAAGAUUCACAACAGGCACCAAAAGACGGGAAAGUGAUUGAACCUGUGAUAGAGGAGAGCAUUAGUAGUCCCACGGAGGAGAAAGACAGGGAGACAGAAGAAGGGAAGGGUGUUGCAAAGGCUCGAGCCGAGCAGAGGGAAGUUGAUAAACGAUUACAAGAGGAUACAGAGGAGGCUGAGACCAGAGCUGUGGGGACUUCACCAGAUGGACGCUUCCUGAAGUUCGACAUCGAGAUCGGAAGAGGGUCUUUUAAGACGGUCUACAAGGGACUUGAUACUGAAACUACAGUGGAAGUGGCAUGGUGUGAGCUACAGGUAAGUCCAGUACCAGAACACUCUUACGUCAUGCCUUACCAUGUAUCUAAUCCAACAUCAGCUGUGAACCUGACUUCUUUCUUUCUUUCUUUCUUUCUUUCUUUCUUUCUUUCUUUCUUUCUUUCUUUCUUUCUUUCUUUCUUUCUUUCUUUCUUUCUUUCUUUCUUUCUUUCUUUCUUUCUCUCUCUCUCUCUCUCUCUCUCUCUCUCUCUCUCUCUCUCUCUCUUUCUCUUUCUCUUUCUCUUUCUCUUUCUCUUUCUCUCUCUCUCUCUCUUUCUCUCUUUCUUUCUCUCUUUCUUUCUCUCUUUCUCUCUCUUUUAUGUGUUUUUAUUUUGAUAAACUAAUUUGCUUCAGAGAACUUCCUGCCUACCCAGAUAGUUUUCUGUAAGUGGCUUAUGUGAUCUGAGAACUUCCUGGUUAGGACAGAUUAAAACUGCAGAUUGGUGUUUUAAAAAAUUUAGUAGACUUCUAGUGCUUUUCUGUAGCUCAAACACUUCUUUUUCUCUGACUCAUGCUUUACUGUCACUUUCGCAAACGUGCUUUCUGGUGCACAUGGUUGCUUUUACGCCGUGUGUGAACGGAUAAUGUGGUGAAACGGAUAACCACCACCAUGAGUUGCACAAUGCCUAUUGAAUGUAAGAGGAUGCCAAACGGCUGCGGCCUAAACGUUGGUGGCUUUGAGUUCCUGAUGAUGUCAGUUUGAUGAGUUGGUAAUUAAAUGUCAUAAAUAUGGCUGUUUGACAUCUCUAAAAUACUGGGCGUAGACAGGUAAGCUCUUUUGAUGUUUAAAAGUAAACAAGAAUCCUAAAAACAAGAUGGCAUACACUGUAUUGUUACUUCAUUAAAAUGCCCUGAAGCAACUUCUGCAGCAAGUGUGUUUUUGUUAGAGAAAGUGAGGCUUCAAGAGAGAAGAGUUGACAUAAGGUGGAGUGCAAUAUUUCUUUAAUUAGUGGCAAGCGAAGGGAGAAUCAGAAAACAAAAAUAUAUUUUUGAGGUUGUGUAGAAGUAGGCGCAGAGCCAGGAGUGCGUUCAUCAGCUGGAGAUGUAGAAUAACAGUUUCUGCUAGUCAUAUGACAUGACUGAGCUGGGGAAGAAAAACACUGACAGAGACUCACGUGGAACUGCUCAGUCAGAUGAAACACUUGUUGCUAUGCCAAAGAAACAAAUAUUCUGGAUUUAACAAGUGCAUUGCAGUGCAUGUGGGAAAUGUUCAGGCAUUAGCGGCCAAACAUGCAAUUCCUAAACAUGCUUCUUUAUGCUGUUUCACUCGGCUUUAUGGCAGAUUUAGUUCCAACCAGAGAUGGCCCGAAGAGGUCGGGCCGUAUGGAUAAAGAGGUUAUUUUUAUAACUUCUUUUUCAGGAGCAUGUGGUUGUUUUUCUGUCAUCUCCAGCAAAAGAAGCUUCUCGGGUCUAACUGGAUCCCAGAGACUGAAGUGAGCUUUGUCUGAUGCCCUGCUUCUAGGAGACGGUGGUUUGUGUCAGGAAACAAGCGUCCUGCCUUGGCUGAGCGUUCCUGUCACACGUUCUUCAUUUUCUUUCUCUCUGUUAGUUUGGAGAACGUUUUAACAUGAUGAUGCUUGACUGUACAGUGCAUUAUGAAGGUCUUUAUUGCCUGACAUAUUUUAUUUAAUAUAUACUAUUGUUGAUGAUGGAUCUUUAGUGCCUGAAAGCACUUUACUGCUUUUAUUUUUUUGUAUUUGUGUUUCAAAGGAGCCAGAAUUAUCUGAUCGGUCACUCUGAGUUUAACACGCAGGCUGAACACGAAAAUGGUCUCCUUCACCUGUCUCCUGCAUUAGCUUCUGAAAAAAAUAGAUGAUGAAACUGUACGAUCAGAAAGUCCUGACUGAUCUAUGUCGCACUGUCACUUAACAUUUAUGGACUCCUCCAUCUUGACUCACGACGGGGAAAGCUGUUAUUGGUUUAGCUUCUAGCAAACAACAAAGAACGACUCGCCUAGUAGAAGCUAACUGUUAGCAUUAGCAACUCCACCACAUGGCAGAUCUCCUCCAGGCUUGUUAUUUUUGGUUGUAAAACAUCAACAUUGCAGAACAAACAAACUCAGUGGUAGAGUCACGUGAAGCGAGAUGUCCAAAUACCAGAAAAUAAGACUCAAACCCCACUGUAUGAAGCUCUCCUCUGAUCUGGCAAUCUUCUAGUUCCUGAAACUGGCGCACCAGAGCUUUUUUUCCCCCAGGGUACAACUCACAAAGCAUUCAUUCCUACUAGAGGCCACUGCAGAUGUAUUAAAAAUGGGAGUGAAGAACCUGUUAAUUAACAAUCCAGCAUUUUCCCCAAAGAUAUCCAAAAAAAAAAAUCUUAAAUAAUACAUUUUUACUGAUUUUCACAUUUAGCCAACAAUUUUGCAUGUUUUAACUGAGUUUGCAGUGUUUGUCUAAUUCAAUUCAAUUCAAGUUUAUGUAUAUAGAGCUCCGGGAGUUGACGUCACUUCUCCCGGUAUGCAACAGUUCAAACUGAACGACGCCAUCUUGGCAGGCAGAAGCCCACUGCUGGGCUAUUUGUUAUUGUCAGAAAACUGAAUCAAACGGGAAAUAUGGUAGAUUCCUGUUGUGCCCCAGGAUGCAGAACAGACGCGGACGAGAUAAGGGAAGAGCCUUCUACAGGAUUCCCCAAGAUCCGGAACAGCGCAAACGUUGGAUCAUUGUAAUAAAACGCGCUAGCCUCCAGGCUAAAAUGAAACUGUGGGAUCCCGAGAGUAAAGGUUUUCACUUAUGCAGCGACCACAUAAUAUCAGGUACUUAAACCAACGUUUCCUCAACUGUGUAUGGUAUUUAUUUUAAUUGUUUUUAUUACGAUUCUUAGUGGGCCUCCUAGACUUAUUUUGGCGUGGCUUUUUCUGUCUCAUUACUCAUAGCAACAAGUAAACAUCACGUAAAACGUUGCCUCGUGAGUUCUGCGUGCUGCCGUUUACGUGUUUUAUGAUCACAGCAAUUAACCGGCUAAGCUGAAUUUAAUUUUUAAGCAAUGGUUGAUCAAUUGUUAGAUCACACAUAAAAAGCACUUUAGAGUGCUAUUAUCUUUCUCACAGAGACAGAUCCCAGACAGAUCCUGAGACGCUCCUGCCUGACAUAUUUAUUUUAUUCACGGAAAAAAAUCAAACUAGUGAUUUCUCUUGGCGUUCAGUUUAUACUUUCAAACAGCACAGCACUCUAUUUAAAUUUCUUACAUGGACAGAGUAAGACGAGGGAAAAUUAACAAGGAAAUUAUAAAUGUCAGGGUAUCUCAAACCCUGUAAGAGGUCCGCCCUGACAGCUUCUGGCGUUUUUAAAAAGUAUCCCAGGGGCACGGUAAGGGUCGGAAAUGUUUAGUCUAUUUAAUUUCUGACUAUAUAAAACGAAUUUCUUUGGUUUUAAAGUGUGAAGUAAACUCAGACGGAGUAAAAUCCAAGCCGAUCCCGUUCAUUUUGUUUACCUUUGUUGCCUGCCAACAUGGCGUCUACUCUCUGAGAGUCACGUGACGUCCGGAGCUCUAUAGAGCCAAAUCACGACAAGAGUCGUCUCAAGGCACUUCACAUGGUAAACGUUCCAAUACAGGUCAGUUCUAAAAAGAUAAGGUAACAGGUCAAAUAGAAUACAAAAUAAAAGCAUCAAAUAGGAUAGAUGGAUGGUUUGUUGCUAAAUAAUCUUUAAUUUUUUAACACAUGAAAGGUGUUAAAGGUGUUUUUGAGACAAGUUGCUGAAACUAAACUAAAAAUACAGUUUAAGAUUUUUGUCAUUUUAUUGGUAGAACACUGGCUCUUGAGUUCCCAGUCUUUAAUGGGUUUGAGUUUGAGUUUGACCGAUGUAGAGGCCAUUGUUGAGUGACUUAAUAAGUCCAAGAACUGAACGAUAAAAGCUAAAAAAUGGUAAAAAAAAUGGUGUGAAUAAAAAUUUUUCUAAAUUUCAGAACCCCCAUAGAACCGAUGCCAAGGCUGCUUCCACAGAUUGAAAGAAAGAUUUGAUUCCUUAGAGGCAAUAAUCCAAAGAAAUGAGGGUGGCUUAAGUUUUUUUUCUGCCUCAUUUGACUGAACAAUACUUUGUGUUAUUUAAGUAUUGAAGGCGUGUGGCGACUUGUCUAAAAGCAGGCAGCUGUAAUCUUCUGGUUGCCCAAGAUGACAGAGUAACUGUUGACAUGUGGCAGAAUGCUGAGAGUAAAGUUACACACACACGCGCGCGCGCACCCACUCUACAACCAAUCACCUUCUCUCACUGGGUGGGCAUGGCGACUGGAGAUCUGUGAGUCAGGAUCAUCUGGAACUCGUCGGUUUUCUCAGUGUGCCGUUGUCUUUGUGUGGAACGCUUCCAACAUUUUGAGUCACUGGGAAUGAAUUGACAAAGUUAGCUGCAGCAGUUGAUUUCUAGCAUUUUCUGAGUUUGAUGAUUGGAUUUGGUCAUCUUUUUCUGUCAUCUUAUCCAAAACAGGUUACCACAGAAAUCCGACCGAAUGGAAACAUAACUGGAGAGGAGCCAAUGAGUUUUCUUUAUCUCUGAGCAAAGUGAAGAUAAAUACGUGGUGGGAGCGGUGGUGAGGAGGAGGAAGAGAAGGAAGGUCACCAGUAGCCUAUUUUAGGUGCCUCAUUAAUCUGGAUGGUAGAUGAUGGAUAAAAGAGGAUGAUGUGGACCUGGAAUGAAAGGAUCCUUUGAAGUAAUUAUAUCUAAAUAACAGUAAUUACUGUAGUAUUCAUGACUGUUGAGAUUUUUAGUUGGUACAGUGAGCAUUGUGGCUUUGUUGCUGGGCAGAUUAAGGAAAUGUUGUUCUGAUUUUGGCAGAAGAAAACUUUGUGACUCAUGAACCACAAAGUAAAACAGCAGACAGGCAUUAACGGAAAACUGAGCGACAUUUUUUAAUCGACGGAGGAGGGGUGGGGGUCAGAUUUCAGCUUUUCUUGCCUGUUUUUGAGGGGAGUGGAAGAAAUGGACGAGAAUUAAAUAAAACAAAAUUUACCCGAAGUAACCGGGCUGCUCUCCGGGUACUCCGGCUUCCUCCCACAGUCCAGAAACAUGAUUGUUAGGUUGAUUGGUCUGUCUAAAUUGUCCUUAGGUGAGUGAGUGAGUGUGUGUGUGUGUGUGUGUGUGUGUGUGUGUGUGUGUGUGUGUGUGCAUGAUUGUUUGUCCUGUGUGUCUCUGUGUUGCCCUGCAAUGGACUGGCACUCUGUCCAGGGUGUACCCUGCCUGAUUGCCCAUUGACCGCUGGAGAUAGGCACCAGUUCCCCCACGACCCUACAUGGACAAGCGGGUUUGGACAAUGGAUGGAUGGAUGGAUGGAUGGAUG